AUGUGUACGAGUAACAGAUUACGGCUGAGUGACUUCAAAGACCUCGAAGAAAUCGGUCGCGGUGGGUUUGGGGUUGUUUAUGCGGCGACUCAACCGAACGGGGAGCGUGUAGCUCUCAAAAAGAUCUGCUCUCGUGCCGCAGCCGAACGUAUUAAAAAUGAAAUUAGGGCCAUACGUUGCUUGCGCCAUCCAAAUAUUGUUCAGUUUUUCGAAGACUUUGUCGAAGGCAGUGAUACUUACGUAGUUAUGGAAUUGUGCCCAUUGGGGUCAAUGCGUGCUUACGUGAAGAAAAAUGGGCCUCUCAGCGAUAAAGCAGCCGCAUAUGUACUACGCCAAAUUAUCUGUGCUGUGAAAUACAUGCAUCGUGAAGGAGUUCUCCAUCGUGAUUUGUCAUCUGGAAAUGUUCUUAUUAGCAGGAUAUUUUCGCCAGAGAAGAUCUCUGUGAAACUUUGCGACUUUGGGCUUGCUACACACUUAAGAAAAGGAGAAACAGCAUGUACCGUUGUAGGAACUCCUGGAUAUAUAGCUCCUCAGGUUUUCAAACAAGAGUACGAUCAAGCUGCCGAUGUUUACUCGAUGGGUGGUGUGUUGUAUACCAUGUUGACAGGGAGUGACCCACCUUCCAAAGGUGCUAUGCGUUUUGACGGUCUUGGCUUAUCUGCCAUUGAACUAAUCGAAAGCAUGAUGGAAGAAGACGCUUCGAAGCGCAUCGCUUUGAAUGAGAUCCAGCGGUCGAACUUCAUGGUGGAUUAUUGCGAAGGUGCUUCCAUCUCUCGCGACUGGUCAGCAACAGGUGAUCGAGCUGGUACUGUCUGGUCACAUGAACGACGGCGUUCUCGAGAUUCAAGGGAACGACGGAGUGCGCACGAUAGGAGUCAUGAAAUCGGCAGGGACGAACCAAGACCACGCAGAGCCGCCAGCAACCCUCCGCCUUCUGUUGGCAGAAGAGUCACAACAGCUGGAGGAGACAGUGGUUUUGGCAGCAGAAGUUGUGGAGACCGCAAUACUGGUCGUGCUGAAUCACGAAAUCUUCUUCCUCGUGUGGGAACAACAAGAGAUUCGGAUACUAAAGAGGAACCGUCCUGGCCUUUGCCAUUACAUAGAUGUGGUGGAACGAGGCUGGUAACGGCAGCAGGAAGAUACGUAAUCGUUGAUGACCAAACGCUGAUCUUCGAGAUGGCCAGCAAAAGCGGUUUCAUCACAAAAAUUGUAGAAGUAUCCAUUGGAGCUCGCAGAAAACAACAGAUAACAUUUGAUAAACCGCUGCAGUCCAACGUGAAGCGGUCGCUAGAACACGAUCCAUUGUUACCUGUAGCACGAGGACGAGAUGUGGCACCACUUACCAGCUACUCAUCUUUGAACCGUCAUGAGCGUGACGUUUAUGCGCAGAUUGCUAACGCCGUAGAUGUUAUGAGAGGACGCAUAGAUAAGGUAGUGUAUCAACGCCCAACUCAGUUUCCAUCCGCUGUUGCAAAAAUAAUGGAGAAUGGCACAUUUCGCAUUGUUUUCCGUGAUCAGCGCCGACUUGUACAAAAACCCUCAUCAAAAGAUGUUCAAAUGCACUUUCCUGACGGGAAAAAGGAGGAUGUUAGGGAUUCAGAAAUACUGGAUCGAUUUGACGAAGUACAUGGAUUUUUGAAGCAAGUGGAGAACAUUUGGGAGCAGCAGAUCGGUCGCUUCCCACUAACGUUUUCCAUCUCGAAAGAUUAUGGGUCUCCAAGAGCGUCAACAAUGUCAGAGAUUCGUGCUCCACUUGCAGUCAAGAAUGGGCAAUCCCAGUCGCUGAUGACACAGCGAUCUGCACCAGCAACUAUCGCUGCUUAUAGAAAGUCGUCUGUAGACUCUCCUAGAGCACUUCACGAAACAAUGAAGUUUAAGAUCAAUAAAAACAGUGAAGUAUGCAGUGUAGAAUCGCCAGACGGACGAUAUCUCAGAGUAUCCAGCGUUUCAAAGUCGAAGUUUGUCUACCGUGCCCAACCAGGUGGUGCUGAACAGAGGUUCCAUGAGAAUGAUGCUGUCUACCCUAAUGGAGCUCGCGAGCUGUAUGACUGUCUCAUGGCUGAGAUCCGACGACGGAGAUUGCUGGUGUAGGAGAAUCACUGAAACGGUAGAAUGGUUGAUGUUGCGAUUUUUCCUGAUACUGUUCUUAUCUAUCUUGUCUUUCUUUCGUGAAGUAAAGUAGUUGUAGAGAUUUUCGAGUAGUUUCGGAAGAGUUUAAUCAUCAUCAAUCAGUGUGUUUUUGAUGAAAAUAAUCCCUCCUCAAAGUGUCUUUGCUUUUUCUUUGUGCACCUGCCUUCGCCUUCAUUUUCCUACUGAUUUUUUCCGAUUGUGUAGAAACUCUGUUUUUACAGAGUAUAAUUGUGUAUAUUAUUCAUGGUGAUUUCGUGCG